UCAUUUCACACCCCAUGUCUCUUUCUCCGCAACUCCCUUCUUCUUUCCCUUUCCUUCCUUACUUUCCCAUUAUUUAUCCCCUUCUCUCUUCAUCCAACUCAAUAAUCGCAACAAAAAUCCGAAACAAACCCAAGAAAAACUAAUCUUCUAAUCAAGGUUUCCGAGUUUUACAACGAACAAAGAUGGCGUCUUCAAAGAAGAACGAGCAACAACAAGUAUUCCAAGAUCAACUCCCAUUAAUGGCGGAAAAGCUAGGAGGAGAAGGCUUAAUUGGAGAAUUAUGUAAAGGGUUUGAAUUGUUAAUAGAUAAUGAUAAAGGGGUUAUUACAUUUGAUAGUUUAAAGAAGAACGCAGCUAUUUUGGGGUUGCAGGAUCUUACGGAUGAUGAUUUAAGAAGUAUGUUACGUGAAGGCGAUUGCGAUGGCGAUGGCGCGCUUAAUCAGAUGGAAUUUUGUGUUUUGAUGUUUAGAUUAAGUCCUGAGUUGAUGGAUGAAGCUGAGUUUUUGCUUCAUCAAGAACUUCAGUUUUUUUGAAUUUUUGAAAAGGGGGUUUUUGGAGGGGAUUUUUGUGCUUCUUAGUUUGAGGCAAGUUUGUAAUUGAUGAUUCUUUUGGCCAUUUUUAAUGAUGGAUUUAUACAUUAUACAUGAUUAUGUUGGGUCUUAUGAGAGUUUUUUCAA